GUCCGCCUCUCGUGAAUGAAACCCGCCAUCUUGUUGCGUCGAAGACGAGAAGAGCAGAGCAGAUAUGGCUGACUACAGCAGCGUGGCUCCCCCGUCCUCUAAUGCCGGUGGCGGAAUGAAUGAUGCUUUUAAAGAUGCUCUUCAGCGAGCACGACAGAUCGCAGCAAAGAUCGGUGGCGAUGGCGUUGCGGCAGCUCCAACGAAUGAAUUUGGCUACGGGGGCCAGAAAAGGCCCUUGGAGGACGCUGGUGGGUAUUUUCCCAUGCCUAACCUCAAUAUCGACCAACCAGAGACGAAGAAGGUGGCCACAAAUGAUGCCUUUUCAGCAAUGGGUGGAAUGGGUGGCCCUUCAAGGUCAACAUCAGAAGAAUUCAAGGUCCCCGAUGGGAUGGUUGGAUUCAUUAUUGGAAGAGGAGGUGAACAGAUAUCACGUCUACAACAGGAAUCUGGAUGUAAAAUACAGAUUGCCCCUGACAGUGGAGGGAUGCCAGAGAGGUCGGUGACAUUAACAGGAUCACCAGAAUCCAUCCAGACGGCAAAGCGGUUAUUAACAGAAAUUGUUGAGAAAGGACGUCCAGCUCCAGCGUUCCACCACAAUGAUGGACCGGGCAUGACUGUUCAGGAGAUUAUGGUCCCUGCCUCUAAAGCUGGCCUUGUCAUUGGCAAAGGAGGUGAAACCAUCAAAAGCCUGCAAGAAAGAGCUGGAGUAAAGAUGGUCAUGAUCCAGGACGGACCCCAAAACACAGGUGCUGACAAACCACUUCGCAUUUCAGGAGAACCAUUUAAAGUUCAGCAAGCCAAAGAGAUGGUAAUGGAACUGAUCCGAGACCAGGGCUUCAGGGAGCAGAGGGGCGAGUAUGGCUCCAGGAUCGGAGGAGGGGAUAGCUUGGAUGUCCCUGUCCCCCGGUUCGCUGUAGGAAUCGUUAUUGGCAGAAAUGGAGAAAUGAUCAAGAAAAUUCAGAAUGACACAGGUGUAAGGAUCCAGUUUAAACCAGAUGAUGGCAGCACACCAGAUAGGAUAGCACAGAUCAUGGGUCCCCCCGACCAGGCUCAGCAUGCUGCAGAAAUCAUCUCGGACCUGCUCAGGAGUGUACAGGCCGGUGGGCCUCCGGGACAUGGCGGCGGUAGAGGGCGUGGUCGUGGACAGGGCAAUUGGAACAUGGGCCCACCUGGUGGUCUGCAGGAGUUCACCUUCACCGUCCCAACCAUGAAAACAGGACUCAUCAUAGGAAAAGGUGGUGAGACGAUCAAGGGUAUCAGUCAGCAGUCAGGAGCAAGGAUCGAGCUGCAGAGGAACCCUCCACCCAACGCUGAUCCCAAUAUCAAAAUGUUUACAGUUCGAGGUUCCCCUCAACAAAUUGAUUAUGCCAGACAACUGGUGGAAGAAAAAAUUGGGGGGCCUGUCACUCCAAUGGGUGGCCCACAUGGUCCCCCUGGUCCACACGGAGGUCCAGGCCCGCAUGGUCCUCCAGGGCCACCUGGCCCUCCUGGAGCUCCUAUGGGACCAUACAACCCUGGACCAUACAACCAGGGACCUCCAGGACCACAUGGACCUCCUGCGCCUUAUCAGCCCCAGGGAUGGGGCAAUGGCUACCCACAUUGGCAGCAGGGACAGCCUGAUCCAAAUAAAGCAGCAGCAGAUGCCAAUGCAGCAGCCUGGGCAGCCUAUUAUGCCCAAUACAGCCAGCAGCCUCAGGCUCCCAUGACCCCAACCAGUGGAGCUCCUGGGACGACUCAGACCAACGGCCAAGGUGACCCACAGGCUGCAGGUCAGAGUGGACAGGCAGAUUACACCAAGGCCUGGGAGGAAUAUUACAAGAAAAUGGGUCAGCAGAGUCAGCAACCUCAGGACUACACAAAAGCCUGGGAGGAGUAUUACAAGAAACAAGGUCAAGCGGCCCCUCAGGCCACGGCAGCGGCAGCAGCCUCUCAGCCUGGAGGCCAGCCGGACUACAGUGCCGCCUGGGCCGAGUACUACAGGCAGCAGGCCGCGUACUACGGCACAGCCAACCCUCAGACGAUGGGCGCAGCACCACAAGCCCCUCAGGUACACCCCCAAUAAGAAUCUGCCCUCCACAUCCACGUCAUACUCAAUAGUUGUGUGCCUUAACCCAGUUCCCUCCUCAGGUUUUUACAGGGUUCCGGUGACUGCUGCAGUUUCACACACUUAACCAAACACUCCUUCCUCCCUACACAGGUUUUUUUUUAGCUUUUUAUUUUGGGAAGCUGAGUCCACUGUUUCUGCUGUUAACAUGCAAUGUAUCUUCUAUGUAUUUCUUCUGCACAGGGCCAGUAAUGUGAAGUGGACAUAAAGUAAAUGCUACAUUGUCGAAACAAAAUCCUUUGUUAAAUGUUUGGAUGCAGACGCCUUGAUGAAGAUCUUAAAUUUCCUUGGUUUGAAAGUGUUUCACAUAGAUGGCAGAUUACCCGGCGAACACGUCCUCUUUCAUUAUUUUUUUUGUUUUUUUUUGUUUUCCUUUCUCUUGUAAAUGCUAUGUUUUUAGUGAGGUAAUUAUACAUAUGGUCAUUCCAGCCCUGUAUCUACAUUAAAUGUGGUUAGAAGUCAUGUUUAUUAAACUGUAGACAUUACCAUGUAAAUCAUCUCAGUUUUAAAAUGCUAUUGCCUGUUGUGUUUUUGCAAUAAAACAAACUGAAACCUCCUGUGUCGGUAAGUUGGGGUGGUUUUGAAACAAAAGGGUUGACAUGAAUUCCUGUACUUUUUUUUGUUUUUACCUGGGGGGUGGAGCUUUGGGUAAGCAGGCCAUGUGUAGGUUAUGUCAGUUGACUCAAAGUUGUGCUGUCCUGUCUCUCUCCAACUGUCAAUAAGGCUUUUAGAUACGAUAUGUGUGCAAUGAUCCUGAAGUGGUUCAGACCUACAAACGUCCCAGUUGCUCGAUAUUUUUGAACACAUCUGUUUUCCUGAUAUUACUCUGACUUCAGCAUUAGACCGAUGUUUGUCAUUAGAAAGUUGACAGGUUUAUUAUGUACCGUAUUCAUGCAUUGACUGCGUUACUGUGGCAAUCUUGUUAAUUUUUUUUUUGUUGUCGCCUGGUUUUUGCUGACAUUGUUGAGGUAGUAUGCACUGUUAUUUUGCCUUGAUAGACACUUCCUCCUCCACAGGCAAGUUUAGAAAAGCGGUAAGCAGGUAUUUUUCUAAACAUGUUUCUCAGAAAACAGUUACAAGAAAUGUUGCAUACUUGUAGUGUUUAUUUUGCUGUUCUUUUUCCAGGACAGUCAGGUAAAUUGCCAAUGUAUCAAAAAUGCAUUGAAAAAUUUGUCUUGCCCAUUUUCCAAUGGUGAACUAACUCAUGUAUAAAUUUGUUGGACUUUUUAAACAUGUUUUUUAAUAUAAAACAUUGCAAAAAAAAAGUCAUUUUUGCUGUGCCCAUUCUGUUAGUGUUUAUCCAAUAUAAGACUAGAUUUGUAGGCUCGGGGGUGGCUAAGCAGUCUUCAUCCAUGAGUUGAGCCCUCCUAUACUGUAAGUACAAUACUGUGACUGAGAGAUACUUGCCUUUUUGAUGCUUUAUAAAUUGCAAAAGAUGUAGUAUUUUUUUUGUCAAAUAUUGCCAUUUCCCCCCUUUUCAUGGGUAAGUAUCAAAUGUGCCGAGGCGAGGCCUAGGCCUUUAGACUUUGAUGAUUCUUGUACCACAUGUUUCUGAGACUUAUUUCCCCUUGUGUGACUCCACAAUAUGCAGACUAUAUCUCCUCCAGUAUGUUGACAGUUUGCUUUGUAGAUUGUUUUAGUACUUGGGCGUAGGUAGCAUUUUAGUUGGAUUUUUCUGAAACGAGGGUUUGAAUGUCAGCUUGUUACACUGUUGGUAGGGAACAGCUAAAAGAUUUCUAUGUGGUUUUAAUAUUUGCUCAUCUGACCUGCUAAAGUGCCACUCUCUAGUUGAGACUGUCAUGUAUUUUUUUUUUACAUGCCAUUUUAUUGCAAGAUAAACUGACAUUGCUUAGGAAACUGCUGCAUAAACUCAGUGUAGCAUGCUUAGGCCUCUUUAAUGUCCUUUGAGCAUGUUCAAUGCUAUUAGUGGAAGUGCUUCUGAUUAGCUCACAAGAUGCAGAACAUUGAAUUGAAACAUUUUUUCCCUUUUUUUUUGAAUAAGCACUGUUAAUUUCAAGGUCAGAUUCUUUUGACUGCAUUGUUCACUGAUGGCAAACAGUGCGAUAUAUCUGAUCUUUGCAGUGUCAUCCCAGACCUUGCACCUUAGGUUCUGCUGCAAUAACACAGGUAAGCGAAACCUAAGGAAACCAGUGUCUUUUUUUUUUUGUCCACUGACCUGACCAGUAUAUAUGCAAACAAAUGCUUACCUGUGCCGUUACAAUGCAUUGAUGUUUAGUCAUAAGUAAUGUCCAUUAUAAGUAUCAAUAGCCCCUUUUGUCUGAUCUGCUUUAUGAAUGAACUGCAUGAUAUGAGCUGUAUUGAUCUUUAUACCACGUUUUUGACCUUUGAAAUUGACUUAAACUUAAGCAAAAGUUGUAGGUUCACUGAGGAAAUGUUGUCGUUUGGUCGUAUGUGCUUAAUAUUUGUUGAUAGCCUUAUCUUUGCAUCCUGGUAAGUCUGACAGUGACUGUAUAAUUGAUGCUUAGAGAUCUUUGACACUGGUUUAACAAAAGUGCAUGCCAUGCAAGACCUGCUAGCAAUAUGAUCAAACCUGUUAGGUCAGGAUUUGUAUUUUAUUUUUUCUGUCGUGGUGUGAAUCUGCCCUCAAGUGCAGUGCAAAUCUACUAUUGAAACGCUGCUGCCUUCACUUCUCGCUCACAGUGUUGGAGGAUGCUGCAAGCUUAGGUCGUAGAAUCAGGCCCUGUCGUAGUUUGUCCCCAAAAGGAGGAAUCCUUUGAGUCAAUCCCACUGCUGAACGUAGACCGUUCAAGAGCUCCAGUGAUAAGGUAAAACCAAAAAAACCCAACGCUAAGUAAUGAAGUUUGAAACUGUGAUUGCAAAGUGUUGGUUAGAUAUGUUUUCAGCUUGGAUUGACUGUCUAUUUUAAUUUUUAACAAUGCCACAGUGUGUUUGGAGUUGUCUGAUAGUCGUCUGACCUGUACUGAUUCUAUGAAAAAGCCUUGAUCUAAUACCACAGAUGGGGAAUGUGCUUUAGAAAGUUGGAUGAGGACAGGAAUUGAUGUACUUUGAAUGAUACACUUUGUUUCUAAAUGGGGUUAUCAGUUAAAAUCACAUUUAUCUGUAGUUCAAAGGUCAUAUGCUGAAUAUUUUUUUGUGGCUGUUCGCUCUGUACAUGUGAGAUGCUCUUCCUUUGAGCUAAGUGUUUCAGAGUUCGUGGGGGUGUAGAAGACAAAACAGAAGUGAGAAAUAAGGAGCAUGCCUUAGAGGUAAAAA